ACAGGGACUGAGGCUCACAGCUGUAGCCACUCCAGCUCCAUUGCACCAUGGGCAGCCUCAGGCCAGGCCCUUGGUACCUGAUCCUAGUCUGUAUCAUUCUACUGCAUAUUUUGCCCAUCAUAGUGCAGGGAGUAGAUCCCGUGUCCCAGAAACUACGUCGACUCACUGAACAGGUAGGCUUUGAUCAGACUAUGUUUGUAUUGUUGUAUUCCAGCUCUCCCAGAUUGUCAAAGGUUUGCUGUCUGUGAAAAGUUUGUGCCAACACAAUUUUUACUAUCACAGUUUACUCUCAUGUACAAAUGUUUGGAUAACUGAGUUUACAUCUUUUUUUCUCACCUUUUAUUGUACUGCAUGUGUGUUCAUUUGUGACAGCAGUGAUAUGGAAAUAUUCCAUAUUUGUUAAUAUCUGCAGAGCAAAACCUUAAAUUUAUCAAAAAAAACAACACCAAGAUUUCAACAGAACAAGAAAACAUAAUCAAUUAUAUAAAAUCUUUUGGUGAAAUGAUGGACAAUCUAUGGGGAAUUUGGUGCAAAGUCUAUUUUUUUUAAAGAAUCCUUUUAGAGUAGGCUAUCUUAAGCAUGUCGUAUUUUGUUUCAUACUUUGCCUUACGUAUGUAUUAACACAACAUAUUAGGGUCAACCUCUGUUUUUCACUGGGGUGGAUCCAUCUGACACGAUCUAACUUUAAGAAAAUAAGAAGGGGUACAAAGAAGAAGCAAAAACUUUAACUAUUGAUAAACUGCUCUGAUUUGGCAAGAUGGUAUAAAUGUCAUAUUUUGGUUAAAAGUACUUUGACACUGGCUUGAAGUUGAUUUUUGUUUCACAAAGAACGUAGACAGCAACCUUUUUUUCUUCUUUUCUUUUUCCUUUUCUUUUCAGCAAUCUUUAUUUAAAAGUUUUAAAACAGAAUAGUUACCUAAAAACAGAUAUAAACAAACUAACCAAUAACUUCUGAAUAUGAGGAAAACUUAAAUGCAGGACUGUUUAAGACUUUCAGAUGUGUGUCUGUAAUAAACACCUUUCUUCUAGUUUCAACAAUUCCAGGCAUUGACCCAGGCCCGUUUAGAUAUGUUGGCCCUGAACCAGAACAGAAGAAACUCAUCAGGGGGGCUGGAGAGCCGUGUUCAAGCCUUGAAUGACCACUGGCAGCAGACAUCCCAGGACCUCAAAGACCUCCAGCAGAGCACAAAGCAUGAGAUAGGAGGGCUCAGGUUAGAGACAUAAAUGUGUGCACGGACUUAAGCUGGAUUGGUCUGUCCCUAGUGGCUGUUUUCUGGCAGGUAAAAGCAUCAUAAAUAAGAAACAGAGGGGAGCAGACAGGAGGAUACAGGUAAAACAAUUAUUCCAUAAAUCAGGGUAGAAGAUGAGAGAAUUGACGUUAACUCACUGCCAAACUCAAAAAUAUCAAUAACAGAGUGCUGCAGGCAUUUUUUCUACCCUAAGUAUCCAUGAUAGUAAACAUCUUUGUCUUUUACUCAUUAAAUAAUUAGCUUUUCUCACUUGUACCACUGUGAUCGUGUGUUUUCUCAUGUUUACCUCAUUCCAGAGAGUGGAGCAGAAAACUAGAGAAAAAGACUAAGCGAAUGGAGGGUCGUCUAGCUUUGAUGGAGAGAAACCUGAGGGAGAGCCGCCGCUAUGCCCAGAAACAGAAAACUGAUCCAGGUCAGGACUUCUCCAACCUCACCCUGGAGCUCCAGAGUCAAGAAGAAAGACUGGCUGCACUCCAGGACCAGCGGGAUGAGCUGCUCGUUGGACUGAGAGGGUUGCAGGAAUCCCUGAAAAACCAGGUGCUACGUGUGGCACGGCUGGAGGGUCAGCUCGGGGAGGUCCUGGGAGAACAUCAGAAGUACUUUGAACCACAAAGGAGGAGCCAGACAUUCAGAGGAGGGAGGCUGGAAAAGAUUCUGAAUGAACAAAUCCAGUCAGCACCUGGAGGUAUCCCCAGUUCUCAGAUCGAUCAUAAUUCAGCUGCGAAUAGAAACCCUCAACAGUCCAACAAGUACCAGGGAACACCACAGCAGCCUAAACAUCCAAAGGCCCUGAAGCCAAGACCUCAGACUGAAUCUCAUCCACAAAUACAAAUCCAGUAUCCAAAUCCUGGAACUGAGUCCUCUGAUCACCAUCCUCAUCUUGAGCCUUAUAAUUCCCAAUCACAAAUCCAAGUCCAGGCCCAGACUAGGUCGUACCCUGUUACGAAGGAGCAGCUAAAACCUCGCCAGACUGUACCACGUCUCCAUACCCAGAUCCAGCCCCCAAAUCAACAACGAUCCCAUCUUCAGCUACAUCAUUAUGGACAUCACUCAUGGUUCCAGCCAUCACCCCAGAGAGAAACUAGUCCAAAGCCCAAAGAUGACAAAAUGAACAGAACCAGUCUUGGAGCACAGCAUCUGCAACCUCCAGAAGUCCCCCCUCAGCCUUGGUCUAGAUCCUCUACACCCAUGAUGAAUAGGUGGUUUGGAGAAGAGGAGCAAGAAAAUGACACAAAAGUGGAGCCAUCAGUGCUUCCCAGCCAGCUCCAGCUACCUGUCAGGCAGAAGAUCCCUGCGUGGCCAUUUCCAAAAAAGGAUGCAACCAGUAAGUAAAAACUUGGGCAACUUUUUCAUUGACUAAUAGACACUGAGCAGCAACUUCAAUGAAGGGCUGUAAAUCUGCACAAAAAUAUAGUCAGGUGUCCAGGUGUAGAUACUCAAGGAGGGAGUCAGUCCCCUGGAGGCUCCAUAUCAAAACAGCCAGGCGAAACAUGUUGUGGACAUGUCACUCAUAGACUCUUGGUCAUCAAAGCUUACUGCUCUCUUAUUGAUGACUUGAAGCUCCUAUGAGGAGCUUUUUCACAUUGAUGAAAUAGAUUAAAAUUCACACUGAGGCCUUUUCUUUAAACUGUACUUUUGAAUUUCUAAAAACAGUGUGAGGGGGUAGGAGUCAGCUUAGCAGCUGAAAAAAACAGCCCUGUUUUUCUCAUUUACACAGGACAUACUUGCAACAAAUGUUACAUUUGGCUGUCAAAACUCAGCAGGAUGAGAUAUUUGUGUCAAAAGAUAGUACUUAAACAUGUAGAUGACAAAAAGGGCAACAGGGGCGCCAGAAUUGACAUAAACUUGGAGUUCCUCACAGGAGCCUUAAUAAAAGUACAUUUUUAUGCAACUCACCCAUCAUAGUUAAAUUAGGGUUUUAAAUUAUCCAAAUUUGAGUGACUGGAGCAUUUGGAGGAGAUAUUUUCCAGCAAAUACCAGAUGCACUGCAAAAGGCUUUCAGGGUUAAUUGAAGCAAACAUUCACCCACCAAGUCCAGAGGAAAUAGCUUAUUUUAAGAUAUCACAUGCCAAAAAAUAAGACACUACCUGCCUGUAAAAAAUUAAAGAAAUCCCGCUGAAAGCUGUCUAAGAUUUGGGCUUUUGCUGUGCAAAUAAUCUAGUUUUGCCAGUUUAAAUGUGGCACCAUGUCUUAUAGGUAGUGAAUCCAAUCUUAAGCUUUAUUUACUGAGAGUGUUCAUUGUGUUUAAAGAACAUUACGUUUUUCAAAAGGAUGAGAUUAAGUGAUGUGAUCUGACUUCUAAGGAUCAGGGUUUUACAAAAACAUAAGCAAACUCUCUCUCCCUCUGCUUGCAGUUUGCAACGUUGACUCCAUGUUGUUCUUUCCUGUGGCCUCAGCAGAAAACUACGUCACCUUCUCCCUGACUCCUCCUGACCUCCAUGAACUCUCUGUGUGUUUAUGGCUCCGUGUGGAGGCUCAGCAUAUUGGGACACUGCUAUCUUAUGCCACAGAUGAUAAUGAUAACCAGUUAGUCUUAUAUGGGCGCAGCUCCCCUGCUUCCCUUACAUCUUUCUCCUCACCCCCAUCUUCCUAUCUAUCCUCCUCUUCCUCUUACUCCCUGGAUUUUGUCAUUGGAGACCCUGUCUAUCGACGUCUCCCUGCAUGGUCGCUCUUAGAUGCACACUGGCACCACCUCUGCAUCCUCUGGUCCUCAAUACAGGGUCGUUUUUGGCAUUACACUGACCGGCGCCUUGCCUCCUCAGGGUCCAACUUCAGGAAAGGCUGGGAGGUUCCUGGAGGUGGAUCGGUGGUGCUGGGGCAGGAACAGGACACUGUUGGUGGAGGGUUUGACCCUACAGAGGGUUUUGCUGGGCAGGUGGCGGGAUUCAGGAUGUGGAAUCGGGUGUUGAGUCCUGCAGAAGUGGAGGGUGUAGGAGGAGGUAGAGGUGUGCCCAGGGGGGUGGUGCUCAGCAUGGAGGACAUACAGGAGCUACAUGGAGGGGUGCAACAGGUGUCAUGUGAAUGUUUAGAGCAUUGUUUGUAAAAAAAAAAAAAAAAAACAUGAACAAAACUUGUGAGGGCUGAUUUAAAUGUCAGUCUCAUUCUUACAUCUUAUACCAACAUGUGUUACCACAUACCACAAAAUGGGACACCAGGUAAUUGACAUAAUCACACAUAGUGAAUGCGCAGGGUCUUAAUUACUUCCAUUUACUGUAGAAAAACGUGGAUACCUGGAACAAACAUGUGAGAACAAAAACUCACUGAGUUUCUGGCACUGAAGCAUAAGAUGUUACAACCAUAUCCAGUCUCCCCUACACUGAGUAGGAGAGACAAGGCCCUCCUAAAAAUGAUAUUUAAUAACAUUUUACAAUGUCAUUGAGCAAUUUUCAAUUUCUUUUUAUUUUAAAUAUUUCCUGAAUAAACCAACACUGUCAUAUUAUUCGUGUGUGCCCUAAUUGAUCUUUUUGGUGCAUCCACAUGAUUUUAAGAGGGUCCAGAAAGCAAACAAGCAUAUUUAAGUUGAGUUUUGCAAGUGGCAGGCUUAAAAAGUAUGUAAUUACAUUUAUUUACGUUUCUGUAAUGGAGUUGCUUUUUUACUUUAAGAUUACCUUUAGAGAACUUUUGAAAUUUUUCACUUUUUCUAAGAUAUUUUAGGUUUUAAUUCCUGUCCUGUUUUAUGCAGCAUCAGUGUCACAUUAAAAAAAAGUUGGCAGAAACAUAAAAGCUGUGUCCACACAGUAGCCUAAGCUUCAUUUUCAUUACAUACCAAAUAUAAAUCUCAUUCAAGAUAUUUCAAGCCAAAUUUAUCAAACAGAAUCACACAAAAGUCAACAACAUAUUCCAAGAAAAUUCUCGAGAAAAUAUUGCUUGUUGCAUUUUCAGCCAUUUUUACUCGUAACUAUCAACGAAUAGCUUUUACACUUUUUGCUUUCAGUAUUUUAUUUCAGAACUCUUUCUAGCCGUAGUAGUCUAGCGGGAAUAUGCUGAUUUUUGAGGUGAUAGUGCAAAUGGUGAUACAAGCAUGAAAUUUGGUACAGAUAUCCUUAAUACCACUACUAAUCAUAAUAUAACCUCUGGCCACCUGGGCGGCGCCAUUUUUCAUGAUGCCCGCGAGCUUUUAGAAAUGGCUGUCACCAGGUCAACGUUUUGGACUGUAUCACUUUGCUGCAGCUAUAAAACUUACACAUACCUUCAUUUUAAUUUAUUUUUAAUGUUUUAGGUAUUUAUUCCAAUUAAACAUAAGAUAUUAGGUUCCAAUAUGGUGGCAAAUUUCCAAUAUGGCUGCCGAUAAAUAGCAGAAAUAUACUGCAGUUCACGGUUAAGCCAUAAGAGCAUGCAGCACAUAGUUGUAUUUAUUUCCAUAGAUAGAAUCAAUUUAUGAUGACACAUUUAAAGUGAUUUGUUUGCAUUUUAGUGCCAUAGGUACCAUUACCCAGACCAGCACGCCCAGGUAGGACCCACAUAUGUUUCAAGGUGGGCUUCCUACAUGGGAAGUUCGUGGGAUACACUUGGUUCCCACUUGGGCUGUCCAUGUGGGUACUGACUGGGCCCUUGGUGGGUAGUUUUUUUGUUUGUAUGUGUUUGUUUGUUUUUGUUUGUUUUUUUGUGCUUUUAAAUUCCAUCACCAUCAUCAAGUUGCUUUGGGUCAAAAAGAAUUGGCAUGCAGUUCAUUUUGUGAAAUUCGGGAAUAUUGUUAGCCAAUGUCAGAUAACCACUGCCUGUGGCAUUAGUUAACCUUUCACUGAUGUUUUGUUGGCACAAACAGCAUAAUUCCCAAUUGGUUGGACUAGAUACAGGCCUACUAUCUGCCUGUGAUGAAGGUGUGGAGUGUAUUUCUGUCUGUGUGUCCAUUGCUGUUGUCUAGGCCGAGGGAUUAUCCUUAUAUACCACCUAUUAAAGACAACUUACUAUACUACUCUACACUUUAAAGUAUGGGAUACAACUGGGCUCAGAUAAUAACAAGAUCACUACCCUACCCCCAGCCCGAUCAUUCAUCCAAUGCUAUUUAAUUCCUGUGUGAUCUGUACACCUUCCAGAAGACUAAAGC